ACCUGCAGAAACUUUUGUGCUCGUGGUUGCAUGCUGAUCGGGUCGAAAUACAGUAGUGACGACGAGAGAUCCUCUAUAAGAUUCAGCAUCAGGCGAUCACCUCAAAAACACACAGAGCAUCUGACCUACAGAACAGAGUCAGGCACACACGCACGCGGGGUGCAAAUUGCAAUGACGCCCACCUUCGCCGUGCGCCGGCGAGAACCAGUCCUCGUCGUCCCGGCCUCCCCGACACCCCGGGAAACAAAGCGCCUCUCCGACAUCGACAGCAAGGAGUCUCUGCGGGUGCUCAUGCCGGGCGUCUUCGUCUACCGCGGUGGCCCGGCGCGCGGCGACGACGACCCGGUGGACGUCAUCGGCCGAGCGCUGUCCGAGGCGCUGGUGCACUACUACCCCCUCGCCGGGCGCUUCAGGGAGGUGGAAGGUGGCAAGCUGGUCGUGGAGUGCACCGGCGAGGGCGUGCUGUUCGCGGAGGCCGACGCCGACGUGCGGCUGGCGGAGCUCGAGGAGGCUGCCGGUGGUGGUCAGGGGCUGACGCCGCCGUUCCCGUGCAUGGAUGAGCUCCUCCUCGACGUGGAUUGCUCCGGCGGUGGCGUGCUCACUUGGCCGUUGGUGGUGAUCCAGGCCACGCGGCUCCUCUGCGGCGGCUUCGUCUUCGGCAUGCGCAUCAACCACGCCAUGUGCGACGCCGCAGGAGUCUACCUGUUCAUGUCCGCCGUCGCCGACCUCGCCCGAGGGCUCCCCGCGCCGGCCGUCGCGCCUUCCUGGUCCCGCGGCCUCCUCGACGUGCCGCACACCAAGCACGACGUCGCGCCGCCCCUGCCGUUCCCGGCCCACGGAAGCGACGACACCGUCAUGCGUUCAUUCGUCUUCCGGCUCGCCGACAUCGCGUCGCUGAAGAAACGCCUCCACGUCCACGGUGCGCCGGUCGCGACGACGUUCGAGGUCCUCGCGGCGCUCCUCUGGCGCGCCCGCACGGUGGCGCUCGCACUCCCGGCGGGCGAGGUCGCGCGGCUGGGCAUCAUCGCGAGCUUCAGGAGGAACGCCGCCCUGCGGCUCCCCACGGGAUACUACGGCAACGCGUGCGUGCCGCUCAGAGCGUCGGCGCCCGCCGACGACAUGGGCGGGAGCUCGCUGGGCGACGUGGUGGAGAUGAUACAGAAGGCUAAGGCCACCGCCGUGCACGUCCGGUCGGCGGCCGACAUGUUGGCGCUGCACGGGCCGCCCCCGUUCGACUCGCCGAACAUGUUCCUCCUCUCCGACCUCCGGCACGUCGGGUUCCACCGCGUGGACUUCGGGUGGGGCGAGCCGGUGUAUGGCGGGCCGUCUCAGGUGCAUCUCGGGGGUACGUUCUUCGUGGCCGUCAAGGACGGUGACGGGGAGGACGCCGUGGCCGUGCCGGUCAUGCUGCCGAGGACGGCCAUGGGGCUGUUCGCGGCGGAGAUAGAAACCUCGCUGAAGGCUUGAUUAUACACCUGAAAAAUAAGCUGCGUCGACGUGCGUACGUAGUACUCUCCUAUUAAUAUGUCUUCUCCGAAAUAGAAAACCAGUUUUUUCACAGAUCUCAUGCUGCUUAUAUCUGAUAUUCUGAACUUCACCCACUCAUACUGCUUAUAUAUGAACUUCA